GUGGUCGGGGGCCUGGCCGCGGCGCGCAGGCGCUGUCGGGGCCCGGCGACAGCGCGUAGGCUCAGCGCGGGGCGGGGCGCGCGGACCCGGCAGAAGGGAGCACCGGUCGGGCGGCGGCGCCAGAGCGAGUGGAGCGCUCAGGGACUCCGGGCGGCGGCGGCGGCGGCGGCGUAGAGGAGGAAAGCGGCGGCGGCCCCGGCGGCGCCCCCUCGGCCGGCGCGCGGCCCGGCCCGUCCCGCGCCCCUGCAGCGGCCUCUCAAUCCAGUGCGCCCCCGAUCCCGGGCCCCUCCGCCGCCGCCGCCAUGGCCCGGCCGCUGGUUCCCAGCUCGCAGAAGGCGCUGUUGCUCGAGCUCAAGGGGCUGCAGGAGGAACCAGUGGAGGGCUUCCGGGUGACCCUGGUGGACGAGGGCGACCUGUACAACUGGGAGGUAGCCAUUUUCGGGCCCCCCAACACCUACUACGAGGGCGGUUACUUUAAGGCACGCCUCAAGUUCCCCAUCGACUACCCUUACUCCCCGCCAGCCUUUCGGUUCCUGACCAAGAUGUGGCACCCCAACAUCUAUGAGACAGGUGACGUGUGCAUCUCCAUUCUCCACCCCCCAGUCGACGACCCCCAGAGUGGUGAGCUGCCCUCAGAGCGGUGGAACCCCACCCAGAAUGUCAGGACCAUCCUCCUGAGCGUCAUCUCCCUCCUCAACGAACCCAACACCUUCUCCCCAGCCAACGUGGAUGCCUCUGUGAUGUACAGGAAGUGGAAAGAAAGCAAAGGCAAGGACCGGGAGUACACAGACAUCAUCCGGAAACAGGUCCUGGGGACCAAGGUGGAUGCGGAACGGGACGGUGUAAAGGUACCCACCACGUUGGCCGAGUACUGCGUGAAGACCAAGGCCCCGGCACCCGAUGAGGGCUCGGACCUCUUCUACGAUUACUAUUACGAGGAUGCUGAGGCCGAGGCCGAGGCCGACAGCUGCUUUGGGGAUGAUGAAGACGACUCCGGCAAUGAGGAGUCCUGACACCAUGUCCUUCGCCGAAUAAACUUACAGAUUUUACCUCACCAGGCCCAGACUGUGUGGGCUCUCGGGCACCUCCUGACGCCUAGACUACCUCAGGGAGGUGGCUCCGCUCUCUUGCGUUGUCUCCUUGGUCUCACUUUCCUUUCCCUGGUUGUUCUGGGUUUUCCUCUGCUUCAGAGAGGAGGGGCCAUCGCAUUGUGUCCCCGGGGCCACACUAGUGCUGGGCACCUGGCAGCCAGUCCUGAGGGCAAAGGUGGCCUGAGAAGCCCCAAACCCCAGGCCUGUCUGCUACCCGCUGGCUGGAGCCAGAGACUUGGGGUGCCCAGCUCAUGAGUGGAUGGAUUAACUCAUGGCCAUCUCUUCUCUCUGCUUUGGUUUGUUUGGAUUCCAAAUAAAGUGACUUUACAAGAAGCCAGAGAA